AUGACGUUCCAGGCGUACCUAUCGCCGGGCCGAGCACACGCCUACGCGAAGCACGCCAGUCAGCCCCAGCCCUCGCUGCGCCCCUCUGCACAACACGAAUCGAGGGAGCGUCUAUCGUCGCAACAGCACAUAAACAACGCGCCUCGAAUCCUGGCUCGUCGCGAGAACCAAGCUUCCAGAACAACGGCACGCAUGUUCCCUGGAAUCCUGAAACUUGACGGGCACGGAAACCCGCUUGAUCUCCGGAUCCGCCGUUGCAAGUGGGGAUCGGUCCAUUACGUGGUGCCUUGGAGUCUCCACAUAUUGUGA